GGAAAGCUUUAAACUGAGUGAGGAGGGUAUAAAGAAGUCUGUUGCUGCUUUUCUCUCAUAUUAGCCACUUAAUUAAUACACUGCAGUUUGCUGCCAACGUGUUUCUCAACAAGAUGAUCGGACAGAAAACUAUUCAUUCAUUUUUUUCGCCAGUCCCCAAGAAGAGGAUUUCUAAGGAGUUAAAUGAAACCGAGGAGGAUGCCAAUGACCCGGUGAGCACCACUUCUAAGAAGCUAAAGUCCUCGGCGGUGCAGUCAGAGGCGUCUAGCCCUCCGCUGUCCCCCGAGCAGCUGGACAGGAUCGCCCGCAACAAGAGAGCUGCUCUAGAGAGACUCACAUCCGCUCAGACGCCUCCGGGGUUUGGGGAGAGCUGGAAAAGGGGACUGUCGGCUGAGUUCCGAAAGCCCUAUUUUAAACAAUUGAUGCUCUUCACCUGGACAAAGAUGUGGGACAUCCAAGACGUCAAGGUGGUGAUCCUUGGCCAGGAUCCGUAUCAUGGUCCUAACCAAGCCCAUGGACUGUGCUUUAGUGUCAAAAGACCAGUGCCUCCUCCACCCAGUUUGGAGAACAUGUACAAAGAACUGGUCUCAGACAUUGAAGGAUUUCAACACCCUAGACAUGGAGAUCUGACUGGAUGGGCUGAACAAGGUGUGUUGUUGCUCAAUGCUGUGUUGACCGUCCGAGCACACCAGGCCAACUCCCACAAAGACCAAGGCUGGGAGACUUUCACUGACGCUGUGGUUCAGUGGCUCAGCACUAACCUAGAAGGCCUCGUCUUCCUGCUGUGGGGAUCAUAUGCUCAGAAAAAGGGAGCCGCUAUUAACAGGAAACGCCACCAUGUGCUGCAGGCAGUGCAUCCCUCUCCCUUGUCUGCUCAUCGUGGAUUCUUUGGGUGUAGGCAUUUCUCAAAGGCCAAUGAGCUGCUGAAGAAAUCUGGAAAGUCUCCCAUAGACUGGACAGCACUUUAAGUUGUUAGGCACGUUAGCUCUUCUAAUGUGUGACGAUUAACUAUGGACCAAAACCCACACAUAAGCUCUUCCGGUUUCCUGUUUCAGCAGUAGUGUGCUGAGUUUUUAUGGAAGAGUUCAUGUCAGUUUCUUAAAAGCCCUUUUUCAAACUUACUCUUGUAGUGCAUAUGUGUAUCACCUGCACCUGUCAGUUUCAACAUUGUAAAUAUGUUUGUGUACACUAUUUGCCUUUUUGGUUUGCACAUUAAAGUGAAGCUUUUUUUAAUACUUUUUUUUUACUGAAAUGUUCAAUUAAAGUGGUUCCAAAGAGUGGAUGUAAUGUUUUAGUGUCUCUGAAGUUGCUCAGUACAGUUAUAGCCUGAAACGUUUACUUCCUCAGACAUCCAUAAUGCAGUAGGCAUUGUACACACUGAUUGGUUUUGUAAAACCUAAUGGAUACAUUAAAGUAUCAUUAUGGAAGUAGAACUAAACAUACCAGAAGACAUCAAGUUCUGCUAAUUUAACUUGUUCACAAUUAUUAGCAUCCUCUCAACUUGGUUUUGAGCUUU